GAGUCAAGACGCGCAAUCUAAGGAAGAAGUGGACAUUUCAAGACUAUUAUUCCGAGGGGCGCCCACCUACCUCUGCCUAGAAGCCCAAGGGAUUGGCACCUCCACCCGGAAGCCCUCGGGAGGAAGAGCGCGCCCUCUGCCGGUGCCAGGGCGCCAGUACGCCUGGGGUGCCGUCCACAGCGCCUCUUCAGAGGCCCCACCCCUGUCCCUCACCCCCGGACUCCGCCCCCUCACGUGAUCCCAGCCUUUGGGUGGUUCGGUAGGGGGAGCUCGGGGAGCACAGGUGGACAGACAUGUCUCAGGAGGGGUCCCCUGAGGACCCUGCCCUCAGCCCCCGCUGCAUUGCUGCACUUUUCCAGGACGAUGUGGAAGAAGCCAGCUCUGGGUCAGGCUUGACACCACACCGGCCAGGGGCAAGCUCUGGGGCCCGAGUUUGGGCUGGCAGCAGGAAGAGGGUCCUGAGGGAAGAGACCCGUCGAGGUACCCGCUCCCAGGCUGGAGGUGCUCCUGGGGCGGGCCUGGAGGCUGAGGCCCACCUGAUGACCCUGGAGCUACAAGGCAAGGGACGGAGCCAGGAGUUGGUGCCUGGCCCCCAGCUCCUCUCCCAGCCACCCAGAGUGUCUGCUCAGGGGAAUUCUCCGGCCUUCAGGAGGCUCCAAGUUUCUCUGCAUGACAUUUUCGCUGAAAGUUGGCCCAGGAACCCUUGUCCCGUGUGUUUGGGUUUUCCAGAGAGAGCUUUGGUUGGCAGGGAGAGGCUGGGAGGGGUGGGGAGGAGGAGCUGCCCCGGGCCAGGAGAGGCAGGGGGAGGUUGGAGUGAUGAAAGGGACCCUACCCUCAGUAAAGAGGGGCCUUCCAAAAGGAGGCUACCAUCCUCCCCAGGCCCAGCCCCUAUGGGGGCAAGAAAGAACAGCAGGAAGUAUGAGGCCUGCUCAGAGAGUGGGGAGGGGGCAGGAGGCUUCUUGUGGUCUGGUCAGAGCCCUGGUGGGGACAGCCCCCCAUGUGAGGGAGACCCCCCACCAGGGGCUGAUGUGGGGUCCUUGGGAGACCUUUGUGGUCCCCUUUCUCCCAACGACACUGGGCCUGGGUCAGGAGAUCCAGGUGGAACUUGUGUGGGAUGUGUCUCAGGGACUUCGAAGUUUGAAUAUUUGCCUGCUUCAGAGAACGGGGCCCGGCCAGGCAGCCCCUCUGACCCUGUAGGGGUCCUACCACCUGAUGGAGGGGAAUCCCUCAGGCCAGCUGUCUGGGAUCCCAGCUCUGCACUAGGCCUUGGAGCAUCUGGAAAGGCCUCCACAGUGUGGCAGGAAGCUGAGCACCUAGUCGGGGCUGGCUGUGAUGAUUGCCCUGCUGUCUCACACAGUCAUGAGGAGCUAGAGGUCAAGCCUCAGCCAGAAUCCAGGGGGAGGCUGGGAGAAGGACCCCCUGCUCCCACUGACCGCCCCUCCAGCUCCUUGGAGCCUACAACCAGCAGGGCUCACUCGGGCCCAUCCAUGGGACAGAGAAGAUCCAAGUAUGCUAAGAAGUCGAGGAGAGGCCCAGUGCCUCACGCCCAGCACCAGGGCACAGACAGGAGUGCGGAUGACUUCAGCAAGGACCAGCAGGACAAAUCCCACCCAGGAAGCUUCCCCAAACCGGAGGAAAUGGAAAUGCCCCAUGGGGUGAAGCACGUGUGUUACCUUGGUUCUGGGGCAGUGCUCCGCCUCCUGGGGGCCCUCCGCCGUGGCCAGGCAGGGGAGCCGCAGCCCCCAAAGCUGGAGGUGCUGGAGGACAUGAUGGAGGUCAGCUUAGCAUCACCUGUCCAGAGACCCAGAAGGAAGGAAAGGCCCGUGGCCCAAGGCCCUGCCAGGUGCCAGGAGGGGACUCCUGUCUGUGAGGCCUGUGCUGAGUGUCCUGGCGUGAGUGCCUCCCUCCCCACCGCCCCCCUGCUGAAGCAGACAGAAGCUGGGGAGUGUGGCCCAGCGGAGGCUGAAGAGGAGGAGCCUGGUGAACAGGACGGGGGAGAGGACUCAGCUCAGCUUCGGCCCCAACAGGAGAAGCUGUCCCUGGAUGUCGGGGUACGGGCUACGGUGGUCCACGCCUUACAGGAGGUGCUGCGGAAUCGCCUCCAGGACCUUCCAGAUCUGGUGCUGAGUGAGGAGGCGGUGGAGGGCAUCGCUGCUGGCAUUGAGACAGCCCUCUUCGAUCUGACACAAGCCACCAGCUGUCGCUACAAGACCAAGUACCGCAGCCUGCUGUUCAACCUGCGUGAUCCCCGGAAUCCGGACCUGUUUCUCAAAGUGGUUCGGGGAGAUGUCACCCCCCACAACUUGGUGCGGAUGAGCUCCACCCAGCUGGCCCCCCAAGAGCUGGCCCGCUGGCGGGACCAGGAAGAGAAGAGGGGCCUGGAGAUCAUUGAGCAGCAACAGAAGGAGUCGUGCGGCCUCCCGGCCUUCAAACUGACCCACAAGGGUGAAGUGGAGAUCCCGCGGGAUGUGGACCAGACGCUGACCCUGGAGGACCUGGUGGGACCCAUGGUGUCCAUAGAUGACAGCCUACCAGCCCUGGCAGCCACGUCGAAGGCCACCACAGAGCAGGACGAGGACACCACGGGGCAGCACGAGCACCACUUCCUGGACCCCAGCUGCCGCAUCUGCCUGGACUGGAAGCCCUCGUGUGAGCUGCCAAGCUCUUUCAAAGCUACUACAAGGAUAGGGGACAGUAUCUUCAAGAGAGCUCCAAGCCCAGCCUUCCCAUCCUCUCCAGAGACGCCCCAAGCUAGGGAGAAGCCUCCCACACAGCUCCAGGACAGGCUCCAGAUGCCUGCUGGCCCCACAAAGGCUCUGCCCAGCCAGCCGCCCUGGGAGGGAGCUUUGGACAUGUUCUCCAUCAAGCGGUUCAGGGCCAAGGCCCAGCUGGUGUCUGGAAACAGCUGUCGGCUCCUCACGACCCUGCCUGAGGUGAUCCGUUCGGCAGGCUGCAUCCCCUCUGGUACUGUCUGGGAACUUCUGGCCAGCGUCUGCCCGGCAGAGGCCAAGGACAUCUGCGUGGUCAGACUGUGCCCGCACGGGGCUCGGGACACACAGAACUGCCGUCAGCUCUAUUCCUACCUCAACAACAAACAGCGCCACGGCCUGGCAGCUGUGGAGCACGUGGGCAUGGUCCUGCUGCCCCUGCCCGCCUUCCAGCCCCUGCCCCCCAGACUGCGCCCUCUUGGAGGUCCCGGCCUGGAAGCUGCUCAUUCAAGCCUGGUCCUGGCUGUGCUGCUCCCCAAGGCAGGGCUUCGACACACAGCGGAGUCCAGCCCUUUGUGGGGGAAGGUUCGAAAGAUGGUCUCCUUCAACAGAAAAGUGGAGAGGAGAAGCUAUCAGCCAGAGGACAGGAGUCCCAGCGUGGCCUUGAAGGGCUCCCCUUCCCCAAAGGGUGCUCCGCUGCCGAGCCAGGACGCGGGCAGCCUGGCUCCAAAGGGAAUUUGUGCUUGGCACAGGCCUUCUCGAGGCAGGGAGAGACUGUGGGGAGAGCCAGAGGCCUGGCAGGGUCCUAGGCAAGGGCAGUGGCCCCCCAAACCAGGCUGGUGCCAGUCAUGGCAUCUCCAUUCAGCAGCACCAUCUGGCCCCAGCCAGCACCUCCACAGGGCCUCCUGUCCCCACCAGGCCCUGCUCCAGCAUCUGGAAUCCCUGGUGUCCAUGAGCCACCAGCUCCAAGCCUCGCUGAGCUCCCCAGGCCAGGGGCUCUUUCCCCCAACCCCUGCCCAGCCCCCUGCAACCCCUGGAAUUCUUGGCCUAUUUUGCCAGCGCCCUGCAUUUCCAGAGCCCCCUGGCCAGGCUCCUGACUCUUUGGGUCCUACAGAUGGAGCUGGUUCUGAGUGUACCCUCCCCAGAGAGACCUGACCCUCAUUGCCAACCAGAAGAGAGGCCUUGAUUCCCUCCCCAGGACUGAAUCUUGAGCUGUUUCCAGAGAGAGGGAGGGGCAGAGAAAGCAGUGGAGGGUCACCUGUUUGAGUUGCUUGUUCUGCGGUCUGCUUGGUGUUGAUUUUUGGUUCAAUAAAGAGUUUGG